GCUUCAGCCCCAUGAUGGCGUCUCACCGAAUCGGAGUGGUCUUUUUCCGCCGCUUUCUGUGUCGGAAUUUAACAGUCGUCGGUUGCGGCGACGUUAUGUCAGGAUACUUGCGGUGAACCACAUACAUGUAGGCGACAUGAAGGACGAGGAAAACGCGGCCAGGUCAGCGCCGAAUACCGCCGCUGAGCUGAAAAACGGAAUAGCUGUGGAUGGCGGCCGGAGCGGCGCAGGGAUGUCUCCGAGCCCGGUGCUCCGCGAAGCGUCGUCGAACCGAGCUGCAAGCCGAGGCGCUACUGGCAUCCGAGUGCUGAAGCGUAACAUGAAAAGGAACGGCAGCCGUGCCUGCAUGACCAGAAAGACACGGUUUGGCUCACGUGAGCGGGACUGGCUGAAGGGGGACAACCAGCGUGGCUGUGUUUGCCUGUACGGGGCCAAUGAGGUGGUGACCCCGGGCCCCCAGUCUUCAUCUACAGCCCAGCCUGACCUUAAACUGGUGCUCUGCUCCACCAGCACCACUGUGGAGGAGCUGUGUGCCCAGCGCCAAGCCCAAGGCAUCUAUCUGCAGUUGCACGGAGACCUUAUCAGGAGGCUGGACUCCUCUGAACGGCCAUUGCAGAUGGUGUACGACUACCUGACCACUAUGGGCUACGAAGAUCCUGUGCGUGUGCAGCAAGAAGCUGCCAACUCGGACCUCAGCUGCAUGAUUCGCUUCUACAGCGAUCGGCCGGUGAACGCUGAUCAGCAGGAGCGGACUCUACUGACGGGCGUCUUCAUCGUGCGGAAGGGCAAGACGCAGCUCCACAAGUGGGCAGAGAGACAAGUCAUCCUGUGUGGCACCUGCCUGAUCGUAGCCUCCGUUAAGGACAGCCUGACGGGAAAGAUGCACAUCCUGCCCUUGGUCGGGGGAAAGGUGGAGGAGGUGAAGAGAAGACUGCACUGCCUGAUGUUCAGCUCUGCCGGCCCCCAGGCCCAGACCUACUACGUCAACUUUGACACGUUGGCCGAGUACCAGCGCUGGCACCGGCAGGCCUCCAAAGUGGUGUCUCAGACAAUUAGCUUGGUGGAUCUGUCCUGCUACAGUCUGGAGGAGGUGCCAGAAUACUUGUUCUACAGCCAAGACGUCACGCACCUUAAUUUGCGCCACAACUUUAUUAGUCUGGAGGGUCCUGGAGGUCUUUGCAACUUUAACAGAUUCACCCAGCUGAAGAGUCUUAACCUAUCUCACAACCGACUCGGCGUGUUCCCAGAAUCUGUGUGUGAAAUCACCACCCUCUCCGAGCUCAACCUCACCUGCAACGGCCUCAGCUCCAUCCCACCUUGCAUCAACAACCUCCAGAGCCUGCAGACACUCUUCCUGGAUGGGAAUCACUUGAGCUCGCUGCCCGACGAGCUGGGCGAGCUGACACAGCUUAACAGCCUGGGACUCUCCUUCAACAACUUCCCCCACAUUCCUAACGUGCUGGAGAGGCUGAUUGCUGUGGACAGGCUUGCCAUGGCUGGGAACCAGGUGCAGACCUUGGACCUCGGUAGCCUUCUGCGGAUAAGCCACAUCAAGAGCAUAGACUUACGGCUUAACGGGCUCUGCUGUAUGAAGAGCGAGACACUGGAGCCCAUAAAGCAACUUACUCAACUGGAUGUGAGGGAUAACCGACUGACCUCACUGGACCUGAGUGCCACCUGCAAUCUGGAGUGCUUACACUGCGAGCGCAACGAACUGGAAGAGCUCACCCUCAGUGGUUUUGCAUUGCGUACUCUGUAUGCUAAUAACAAUCGUCUAGCAACAGUCAACAUCUAUCCAGUUCCAAACCAGCUAACACACAUGGACCUAUCAUGGAACUGUGUGGAAUACCUGCCAGACUGGGUUUGUGACAGCAGGAAGAUUGAGGUGCUGGAUGUCUCCCACAAUCUGCUGUUGGAGCUUCCAGCCAGACUGCUUAGUGGUCUGAGUCUGAGAAAGCUCCUAGUGGGCAACAAUGCACUGCAACGCCUCCCUGAACUACUGGACCACAUCCCUCUGGAAACCCUGGACCUGCAGCACAACAAGCUCAGCGAACUCCCGGAGGGCUUCUUCUACAAGGCCUUAAAUUUAAAAUACCUGAAUGUAUCAGCCAAUGCACUGGAAACAAUCCCACCGAGUAGCCAAUCCGAGGAGAGCUUAAGCACCCUUCAGGAGCUGUACCUCACAGGGAACAACCUGAAUGAGAACUGCGCUGCUGUUCUGGCGGGCCACCAGAAUCUGCGGGUUUUGCACAUGGCCUACAACCAGUUGCUGUCUUUCCCGGCGAGUAAGCUAAGCAAACUGGAGCUCCUAGAAGAGCUGAAUCUGAGCGGCAACAAGCUGAAGACCAUCCCCUCAACUGUUUUCAGCUGCAAGAGACUGCACACCCUGAUAGCACACUCCAAUCACAUCAGUGUCUUUCCUGAAGUCCUGAACCUGCCCGAGAUAAAGCUGGUGGAUGUGAGCUGCAAUGAGCUCACAGAGGUUUUGUUGCCAGAUUCUCUGUCUGCCACUCUGCAGGAGCUGGACCUGACCGGCAACAGCAGCCUCAUACUGGAACACAAGACCCUCAACCUGUUCAGUCAUAUUACUACUCUGAAGCUGGACCAGAAGACUGCAGGGGACUCACAUGGCACAUGUAAUCUUUGGGAUCAUGGCUACGCUGAAAUGAGUGGCCAAAGAAACAAGCUGUGCGUGUCCGUGCUGACCAUGGACCGCUUUGGAGAUGGCAUGGAGGCGGUGUACAGCAUAUUUGAUGGUGACCGUAAUGAAGAGGUGCCACGACUGCUCCAGUGCACCAUGGGAGACGUGCUGGCUGAAGAGGUCCAACACAGCUGUGUGGACAGUGUGUACAUGUCCAACACAUUUCUCACCUCACACAGAAAGCUGGGGAUGGCCGGACAGAAGCUUGGUGCGUCGGGUCUCCUCUGCUACAUUCAUCAGGAGCCCUCAGAGCUAGGAAGCUACUUCAGCCUGACUGUGGCCAACGUGGGCACCUGCCAAGCUGUUCUUUGCAGAGACGGCCAAGCACUGACCUUGUCCAAGGUCUUUAGUCUGGAACAGAGUGCUGAGGAGACAGAGAGGGUGAAAACAGCCAAAGCAAUUAUAACCGAGGAUAACAAGGUGAGUGGGGUAACAUGCUGUUCUCGCCUGCUGGGCUGCUCCUACCUGUCACCUUGGGUGUUACCCAAGCCCUGGGUGCGCACUGAACCCCUGUGUACACAGGAUGAAUUUCUAAUCUUGGGAAACAGGGCGCUUUUUCAGCACCUCUCCUACCAGGAAGCGGUGAAAACCGUACUGGCUGUCCGAGACCCGCGGGCCGCUGCCAAAAAACUCUGCACGCUUGCUCAGAGUUAUGGGUGCCGGGACAAUGUCGGGGCAGUGGUGGUGGCUCUGCACAUUGGGGAGGAUAGUUGUACCUGUGAGCCUCCUCUCUCCAAUGAUGUUCGAGUGACUACUGUACCUACCCCCAUUUCCAUAUCUGUGCCACCUGUUGAUCCAGCCACUUCCUCCUCUAGUAGUGGCAUUGCUUCAGAAUUCAGCAGUGAGACAUCUGCCUCAGAGGUGGGCAGUGAGGCUGGCUCUACAGCAUCUGAUGAACAAAAUUCCUCAGGCCCUAAUGCACGCCCGGAGCGCCACUGCAGCCUACACCCAGCUGCCACAUUGUGCAAUUCUGUGGGUCCUGGAAGCCUAGUACCGGGAAAUCACCCUGCUCUCUUCCAGCGACAACCUUCCUCUGCUACCUUCUCCAGCAAUCAGUCCGACAACGGUUUGGACAGCGACGAUGAGGCACCGUUGAACGGCGUCAUUUCCAACGGGAGUAAGUUGGAGGUGGAGGUAGACAUCCACUGCUGUGCUUUUCAGCUCCGCUCUGGACGUCCUGACAGCCCGAAGGAGCUGGACCUCCGGCAUGAUUAUUCCAACAACAAGAUGCGUCGUCAGAACAGCGUGGUGGUCUCGACCGCGAACGGCUGCCUCCUGGCUGUUUGUGGCCGGGAGAUCUCAGACCUGAAAAAGUCUCCAUCUACUUCCAGCCUCUUUUGGAAAAAACUCUCCAACGGUUCCAUCGUGGCACCUGAGGACAGCCACAACGUCAUUGAGGUAGCGCUUGAAGCACCUAAAAAGAAAUCUGGUUAUUUUGCUGCGCCUGCUCAGCCAGACCCUGAGGAUCAGUUGGUUGUCCCUCCCAGUCUGGAGCAAGAUGUUCGGGAGCAGCUGAUGAGCCAAAAUUCUGUGGUUCCAGGCCCCCCACCUUCAUUGACUCCACCUAUCAACAGAGAUCCAAACUGGGACCAACCUCACCCUGGUCUCCCUCCUACCACAUUUCAACAGGAGGUCUAUGACACGGCAUUGUAGUCGGUGCUACUUUGUGAUCUAGUGCCAUAUUUUAAAGGCAGGUUGGAGUCGUCUUCUUGGUACCUGUGAUUCUCCAGUUCAUUCAGCUCACAUCUGUGCGUGAAGGCCUGCAUGUGCUUAUGUGGUAGCAUCCAGCGUACCUGGAUUGGUCUGGGGUGAAAUCUCACAAGCAGGAUACUAGAGAACUGGGAAAAUGCACACAUUUCAGGACCAGUUAAACGAGGUCUUGAGAAGGAUGGGCUGUCCCAUAGAAAAAACUACAAUGUGAACUAGAAUACCUCAUAGCUACAUUGCCCUUUACGACUGGAGUCACACAUCUAAGCAGGAUUUUGUUUAAUAGCAGAAAGAUUUAAGGGGCUAAACCGUGACCAGAAGGUAAGAAAAGUGCCUAUUGCAGUUGGUUAUGGGGUUCCAGGGUCCACACUGGUCUGGUAUGCAUUUUUUAUUAGCCAGUAAUGCCAAUUCAUUUUUUUCUCCUAAUUGUUGCCAUCCUGGUCCUGAAGGAAAAGCCGUUCUUUAUUGUAUGGAAACUUUCUCUGGAAUGAAUUCUGGUUAUUGCUGGAGCACAGGUCAACGUGGAGGACUUUUUGGAACCCUUUUGCACAAUGAAAAAGAAUAGUGCAUCACACAGCACAUUCUGGGCUGUGGUGGAAACGUGCAAUAGUGGUGGUAGGUCAUCCUGUAUGUUUCAUAACAUUGAAGCAUCAAGCACACAGCCCUCUAAUUUGGAUGGGGAACAGAAAAAAAGACCUUAUUACUUCGGGCUAAAAUCACAGCAUAGUUGGGAGCUAUUAGGAGUACUUGAAAUGUGCCAUGAGCAACUGGUUUAGAGCUCCUUAAUGCAUAAAUACUGUACAUAUUUGAUCUUUGCACUAAACUGCUGCAAAGUAACGCUGAUACUGAUUGAGCAUGACUGGGCUUUUUUUUUCAUCUAGUAUCCGAACCAGGAAAUUAGUCAUUAAUACAUAUUAAAUCUGUAUUUUCAGCAGAUUUUGUGCCAUUAAACGUGAGAUUGUUUUGGA